AGAAACAACAGAUUUUAUUGUCAUGUUUUAAUUGUUAUUAUCUCGUAUCCAGUUUUUACACCUCAGACACGGUUAUCAAUGACAUCUAUGUUGCUGCCAAAACACUUGGACAAUAUUAUUACCUCGCUGCAGGGCUGGAAGGCGGAUAAGCGCUUUAAUAUACCAGAAAUGGACAUUUUUAAUCUUUUGCAGACCGCACGAGGCGUGCUCAUGAGCGAGCCCAUGCUAUUGGAGCUGAGGGCACCAGUGAAUGUGCUGGGCGAUAUACAUGGACAAUACGGGGAUAUGUUGCGUUAUUUCGAUGCGGCGGGCUAUCCGCCAACAGCAAAUUAUUUAUUUCUGGGUGACUAUGUGGAUCGGGGCAAGAACUCGGUGGAAACGUUAACACUGCUACUGGCCUACAAAGUCAAGUAUUCGGAAAAGUUCUAUCUGCUUCGCGGCAAUCAUGAGUCGGCCAACAUAAAUCACUUCUAUGGCUUCUACGAUGAGUGCAAGCGGCGCUUCACCGUGCGUCUGUGGAAGUGUUUUGUGGACACCUACAACUGUUUGCCCGUCGCGGCGAUUAUAGGCGAGAAGAUCUUUUGCUGUCACGGCGGAUUGAGUCCCGUAUUGCAUGAGCUGGAUGAAAUACGUUCGCUGCCCCGACCCUGCGAGGUUAAGACCAAUGGCUUGCUUUGCGAUCUGCUGUGGGCCGAUCCCGAGCCCAACGUCAUGGGCUGGGCCAAGAACUCGCGUGGUGUUAGCUUCACCUUCGGUCCAGACAUACUGGCACAGUUUCUAAAGCGCUUCAAAUUCGAUCUCAUGUGCCGCGCGCAUCAGGUGGUCGAGGAUGGCUACGAAUUCUUUGCCAAGCGUCAGCUCAUAACUAUUUUCUCGGCCGUCAACUAUUGCGGAGAGUAUGACAAUGCCGGCGCCAUGAUGUGCAUAGAUGAAAGCUUAAAUAUCACACUUACUGUCUUGAAGCCAAAGAAAAGGGAUUUAAGAUUUACAGCUGCAGUCGAGAAGGCACCAGAUUUAUUCUCAAAUCAGAAAGACGAGUGAAUUCUCCCAAGGUUUUAUUAGCAAUUAUUUAUUAUUUUUUACUAAUGAUGUGAAAAUUUAACGUAAACUCUUAUAA